AUGAGACCAAGGAAGAGCUGCUGUCUCAUUACCCGCUGCCAGUGUCUGUCCCUGCUUGGCCAGGGCUUCAUGGCCUACCAUUCAACACUCAACACUUUGCACGAGGCGCUACUCAUACAGAAAUUCUCCGAACUAGUCGCCGGCACUUUCGCGCUGUGCAUAGGACACAAUCUUGGGGCUAAUAUUGGAUGCAAUCUCACAGUGUCGAGCUUCCUACUUUCCGCACGCUACAAGCUUGUCGAGCAGUUCGCCACGGUCAAGGAAAUUGGCAUCGAUAUCGAAAGCCCUAGACGGUUCGUCAUUGUGGACUUUCAACCCACUUCGGAUCUACCAAUCGCAACUUGA